GGAAGGAGCGUCCGUGCUGGGCGCGUGUGGUGGUCCGCUGACCGGUGACGGGUGGGGCCCCCGCCAGGGGCCCGGAGAAUUAACGCGGCGACCGGUCCGGUCCCCGGCGGCCGGAACCUGCCACCUGCUGCUCUCCGACCCGGACCUGCCAGGCGGCACCAACUUCCGGUCAGGGCCCCGGGCGGAUCGGGUCCGGAGGGAGCGGACGGGCCGGUCGGCCGGGCAGGAUAUCACUCACAAUGGCUCGAAUUCCCAUGGGCAAAGUUCUUCUGCGAAAUGUCAUCCGCCACACAGAUGCACACAACAAGAUUCAAGAAGAGUCAGAAAUGUGGAAGAUUAGAGAAAAAGAGAAGCAAACAAACAAAAUGAGAUUCCUCCAACAGCAAAGAAAGUCUGUGAGCUUGCCAGGGAACAGAAUGCGAUGUGAUGGGUAUGAUGAAGAGGAGGAAGAAGAAAAGGCAAAUGCUGCUGCUCGGAAGGCUUUCACUACACCCCAGGAUGAACGGGAAAGCAGAUACUGGACAAAGAAGCUGUAUGAGUUUGAAGCAAGUGAUCCCAACAGAUGGGGUCACAGUGGUUAUAAGGAACUUUACCCAGAGGAAUUUGAAUCUGAGAGUGACCAAAAGGAUAGCGAGGAGCACACUGCCAAUGGAGUAAAAACCAUGCACUCAAAGUCUUUGAAAUCUGCUUCACGGAAGCGCAAACGCUCAAGUAAAACAAGUAAGAAGAAACGUAAAAAGAAAUCUAGGAAAAAGGUGAGGCGGAAGAAAAGCCUGCAGAGCAGUGAUUCUUCCAGUGACAGUGAGAGCUCAGUGGAGGAGGAGAACUCUGAUCAAAGGAAGAGGGUAAAAGCAAAGAAAAAGCAUCGCCAGAAGGCAGCAAGAAAGCAGAAGGAGCUGCCUCUCAGCUCCUGCGAGAGCAGCUCAUCACCCAGCCACGUCUCCGACACAAGUAGCAAGGAUGACAGUGAUUCCAGGAAUCGUCUGGAUAAAAGGAGGAAGAGGAGAAAAAAGAAGCAGCAGAGAAGUGCUCCCAAAGAAGAGGGUGAUAAAGAAAUCAGAAGCAGCAAAAAGAAGCGCAGAAACUGGAAAAUUGCACACAAUGAUACUUCUGAUGACAGUGGGGACGACGACCUGAAUUAGAGCCAUGGUUAGAAGGUGCUUGUACUCUUGAGGAACUUGCCUGAGUUGUCUGAACCAAGCAUUGAAGUUAGACCAAGUGCAUCAUUUGGUUUUACUGACAUGGUCUAAAAAUAAUCGGGAGCUGGUUAUGAACUGACCGUGAUGACGUGUUAUCCCAGCCAGCAGCCCCAGCCGGCUCUCAGAUUGUUGCUGCCUUUUCCUGAAUAUUACACUCUAUGUAAUACCCUAUUUUUGAUGUGGGCUGAAAGAACCAGCGGUGUCGGGCACAACAGAAUCACACUGUACAUUGUAUUAAAUCUGAUGGCAUCUUGACUCUACCAUGCCACAGUUGUGGGAACGUUCUGUCAUUAGUCUCGGUGUUUACUAGACAUAUAGGACACAAAGUCUGUGCCUGAUUCUAUUUCUUAAAACACCUCAAUCAUUCUAAGCAGGCAAGUGGAAAAGAUGUCACGAGUUUGAAUCUGAUCCAUUACUGUUACUUUGCUUUCUAGAGACGUGAGUUGUUAAUAAUGAAGGAUGCAACAACCAAAGUGACUCCUCGUCAGUUGUAUGAACUUGUAUUUUCUCAGUGAAGCAGAGUUGAGUUGGCUUGGCUGGAGAAGUGUGAAGUGAAAUGUUUAGUGAGAAGGGAACUUGCCAUCAGACCUUACUGCUCAGACUGAAAUGAACAACCUCUACAGCUGUGGAAUUCUGCCACAAAAGGUUUUGUUGCUGUACUUUAGAUUGGAAGGGCUUGCUUUUAUCAAAAUCAGUGCUUAAAGCUCCUUCUGAAGUUAAGUUUGAUCCCAUCAGUAAACAUAUAGUGGAGAGGAUUUAGUCAUUGCUUCUAUCCCUGGAUGCUACUUCCUAGCCUUAUAAUCUGAUCUCAUGAUCACUGUUAAUUUGAUUGACUUUUAACUACUUUUCCCAGCUUAAUUAUUCCAAUUUUUGUUCUGAAUGUUAAAUAUUCUUUGCAAAAUCCAAAGAUUCCUCUUGGGCAAAAGCUUAUAACUUUUCAAGGAAAAGGUAGUAAAUGCAGAGAGGCACUUUGUUUAAAAAUACAUGUUGGUUUAUUAAAGGCACUUUGAUUCAUUUCAUAUUGAUUCUGGUCAAAAUAGUGGAAUUUUACUUUAACUUUUGGCAGAUUUUCCCUUGUUCACUUCUUGCCACUCCAUGUCCAAGUGCCAACUUCUCGGGUGUGAGACUGCCAGUGUGGACUGUAUGACCACAUGCUGUGGCUCAGCCCAAUCUGAUGCCCAGCUGAUAAACAUCACAAGUGCAUUUCUUGAACUGCAAUUCAGUACAGGAAUCCAUCAGACUGAAGCUAGGUGGAUUUUCCAACAGUUCCCCUGGUUAUAAUGAGGCAACUCAGCACAGAUUAAGAACUGAGUUUAACAUUUUUAACUAGCAAUUAAUAUUAGCCUUGCCUUCCCUGGAAAUUUUCACACAAUCUGUUCCCUUCCUUCCACUGGAUGGAAUGUGGUUCCUGCAGUCCUGGCAGGUCCAAGGAUACCUUGCCCAGUGGCUGUUCUUUGUGUGAGGUGAGGCAGAGGCGAUGCUUGGGCUGGGUUUUAUUCAUGUUGACCUGAUGUGUUGUGAACAUCGCUGUCAAAUAGCCACUGGUUGCGAUGUAGGGACUGGGCUUUCUGUCAGGUGUGUCUUGAAUCAAUUAAAGUAGCCCUCAAAUUUGUGAACAUUUCUGAUUCAUUCUUCUGAAGUGAUUGGGUUGAAUAAAACCCACCCCAAAUGUUGCUGGGUUUUGAUGGGAUACACAUUUGGAGAUUUUUGAUCAUCAUGUUUAAUGAGAAUCAAUUCCUUUAAGUUAAAAACCGUGAUGUGUUUUUUGACUGGGAGCAGCUGAGAAUUGCACCAUAUUCCCUGCACAAAUCUCAGGCUCCAUCUGAACAGUAUUAUAUACGUUUAGACAGUGUGCGGUAGAGUACUUCGCAUUGUAUCUUUUUACUUAUACUGUUACCAGUAAAUAUUUUUUGCUCUGAAAUGUCAAGGAAUACAUCCUGAAACUUGCAUUCUGGUAAGCAUUAUCCUUGAAAGAAUGGAGCCUUUGUGGAAAAUACUCACUGCUUUGUGUACAGCUGAUCUUUAAGCCCUUGUUCUAUAAAUAGAACUAUUGUAGGUGCUGCUUGAUAAAUACAAGUUUCUGUACAAGACAUGCCUGCCAGUAUAUAUUGGUAUUGUCUUUUCCUAUGUUGCUACGUGACAAAAGGUUUUUUUUUAAAGAAAUCCAUUUUGUAUUUGAUCUUUAGAAUAUUAAAGCAUGAAUUUUGCUUAAAUAUUUUAACAGUUAGAUUGUUGUUGCCUGAGUGCCCACAUCCACAACUACAGAGUUUAAGUGAUAAUGUAGUUUACUGUUGGAAAGUUGCAGAUUUGAAAUCAUGUACUAUUUUGCUCACUUGUCAGGUGCUGUGCAGAAUACAGAAUAAAUCCUGCAUGAUUUUUUUCAAACUUGGUUUUCCAGGCUUUUUCACUCUGCUGGGGGUGGCCGC